CCCAAAACAACACACACAAACAAAGUUCACCUACUGCCUAAAACCCCGCAGCUUGAAUUGGGCGAAACCAGGGCAAAAAGAAAAGAUGAUUAUUCCUGUUCGCUGCUUCACCUGUGGAAAGGUUAUUGGAAACAAAUGGGACACGUAUCUUGAUCUUCUCCAAUCUGAUUACACUGAAGGGGAUGCUCUUGAUGCUUUGGCGCUCGUUCGUUACUGUUGCAGAAGAAUGCUUAUGACUCAUGUUGAUCUCAUUGAGAAGCUUUUGAACUACAACACAUUGGAGAAAUCUGAUACCGCAUGAGGCGCUCCUAUCUUGAUAAUGUUACUGGAUUGUAUCACUUGCAAUGUGAACAAGUGUACUUGAUGGUUAACUCUAUUGCUUUCUAGAACUAUUGUAGAAUGUAUUAGAAACAAGUAUCUUUAGCUUAAACUAUGUGGCAUCUAGCUAUGCAAGCAACGGUUAACUGCACAUUUGUCUUUGUUUCUCCGUGUUAAUUACCUGAACAUAUGAUUACUCAAGUGCUCUGAGAAGGUCAUGAUGAUCCUGGUUGCAUAAUCUGCGAUGCUACAUGCCUACAUGAUGAUCCUGGUUGCAUAUCAUAUAAAUGCAUACAUUAUACUUGAUUAUAUGAUUUCAUUACUUUGCCUAUAUGGAGUUUGUGCACUGUAAUAUGUGUGUAAUAUCAAAAGUUGGUUGUGUGA